GAGAAGGAGGGGGAGAAGGAAGGGGAGAAGAAGGAGGAGGAUAAGCCUGUGGAGGUGGAUGCGAGCGCGCCGGCCGCUGAUGCAAUGGCUGAGAAGCAGCCAGAGAGUAAGAAAGACGACGAUGUUGUCAUGGGGGAAGACGACCCGGAACAGACUACUACGUGGGAGGAGUACGACUUCACCAAGCCUACCGGAUGCGACCACGCAACCUGUGGCGGCUGCAAGACCGAUGGGAUCUGGAGUGGCAGCUGGGUCGCCGUUUGAGACGUCUUACCAUUCGGUUGCAAACGCGUCAUGAUUGUCAUGCGUGGAGAUACCCGCUCCGCUUUGCUCCAGCAAUGGCAGCACUCGACUCAGGAUAUAUGGUUUUCGAGACGAUCUGCUGGGUGUGUAGUCCUAUAUUGGUCACGACUACGCCGCAUCACCGCAAGAUGAAUGGAGACGAGCUCGCCGAUUAUCUUAGGUAUCUCCUGGAUCUACAAGGACGACCAAGAGCACCGCCGAGGAGUCCGGGUGCACAGGCCCUACUCGAUGUCGAACCGGCUGACCUGGACCGCCUUUGCGCUUGCCUCUGGGUGGCUCCUGCAAGCAGCACAGCUCGUAGAGAACUCGCAUCAAUCUUGUCGACUGGUCCGGCUCUGCCCCUCAUUUCGCUCCCAGGCUGCACCGAGGAGGACCUAGACGCAUGGGUCCGCGAAGCUUACCAUCGAUGUACCGAUACAGACAUCGUUCGGGAUGGUAGCCAAAUCCUUGUCAAAGACGUGGCACUCACUGUCGCGCGCGAUAAGUUGAGGGAUCUACUACAGGUCAUUUGUCCCGAUAUUAGCGAUAUCAUUUGUAAGCGUUUUGCAGUUGUCGACGCAACACUUUGGAGGCUUGCAACUGCACAGGAUAUGGCCAAGCGUGCUGUCGGGGUCAAGAUGUACAUGGAUAAGCUAGACGGCAUUUGACGGAUCUGAAAGAUGUCUUUGGUCCGGUACAUUAUUCGCCAUUAACCAACUUCCCAUGCACUGUGCUUGGGUUUGCCUCGUACUUUCCUGGUAUGUCUUAACACGGAACGAGCUGGUGUGGUUCGAAAAGCUUGUGCUUCGGCUGUUCAUUUCCUUCCUUCGUCUGGCUCGCUCCUUCCCUGUUGUCUCUCCGUUCGGGCUAUUUUAGGACUACAUUAGCUCACUC